AUGACGAGCGAAGCUCCGGUGAGUCUCACACAGCACUGUGUCCCGAUCUUCAAAGGCGAAGAGUAUGGGAGAUGGAGUUUGAGAAUGAAAACAGUUUUUCAGUCUCAGGAUCUCUGGGAUUUGGUGGAGAAUGGAAUGCCGAAGGGAGAGGAUGAAGGGAAGGAGAAGGAGAGUAAGAAGAGAGAUGCGAAGGCCAGGUGUCUCAUACAACAAGCAGUAGAUGGGCUGGUCCUUGACAAAAUUGCAGAGGCUGAGACGGCUCACGAUGCGUGGGAGAUAAUCAAGAAACAAUCUCAGGGUUCUUCAAUGAUGGUGGCCGUGAGGAAGCAAGCACUUCGGCAAAGCUUCGAGACCUUACAGAUGGAGGAUGGCGAAAGUGUUCAAAGUUAUUGGGCACGGGUUGUUGCGAUAGUAAACCAGGUGAGAGGCCUCGGACACAAGCUCUCGGAGUCAGAGGUGGUGUCCAAGGUGUUGCGAAGCUUGGCACCAAAGUUCGACUACGUUGCUGUCGCGAUGGAAGAAUCCAGGGACUCGCCAACGCUCACCCUUGACGAGCCUCAUGGGUCACUCCAAGCCCAUGAGUUCAGGGUUAACAGAUCUGCGGGGAAGGCCAGUGAGAAGGCACUAUAUGUGAAGGGUGAUGGCUCAUCUUUUCAGUCCAAGGAGAAAGGAAGCUCUAGCACAACUGGUGGGUGGAGCUCUCCGCGAGGACGUGGAAGAGGUUUCUUCAGAGGAAGAGGGAGAGGCAGGUGGUCAAGAGGUCAAGGUGGUAAUUCUAAAGCUAACAUUUAG